UGACAUUGUUACGGAGAGCCUCUGCUCCUUGUACCACAGCCCACACCUCAGGGUAGUUUGGACCACCCAAGGGCUCAGGACACUGCACGCUGAGAGGCCUGGGUGGGUGAGUGCACUGAAGGAUGGCCGUGUCUUGCAAAACCAUGGUAGAUGAACUGCUGCUCACUUUGAGCCUCACUCUGCUGGGUUGGGGAGCCGAGGGGCAGAGGAACGGACAGGGUAUGAAAGAAGUAUCAGGCGGGGCUACCGUCUACCUCGGCCAGGACAGAGACAUCUGGAGGCCACUGAUCCACACAACAGUCAACCUCAGUGAGAUCAGCACCAUCAAGUCGUCCUUUCAGGUACGGACAUUUGACCCAGAAGGUGCAAUUUUCUACGGAGACUCCAAAAACGGAGAGGACUGGUUUCUUUUGUCCCUGAUAGACGGCAUCCCACUGAUGCAAAUUAAAAAAGAGGGCAUACUCCUCAGCGUGGCAGGCGGCCCCAGACUCAACGAUGGGAAGUGGCACACACUGGUGUUGAGCAACCAAGGGAAGUUUGUGACUCUCGACGUGGAUGGCUCCAGUGGACUGGUUGUGGGCACGCAGUCCAAACAGACAGAGGAGUUAAAUUUAGCUAAACUCCGACUGGCUCUUGGCGGGAUAAUGAUUGACAAGGAAAAACUGAUUGUUCAGGUCGAGCCACAGAUGGAUGGCUGUGUGCGGGAAGGGAGCUGGCUAAACCUCAGCAUGCCCUGGGAGACAGAGGUGGAGGAGCUCUGGCCCUGCUAUCAAAACAUCCAGCCUGGCAGCUACUUCCCUGGCAAGGGAUUUGCCAUUUUCAACACCUCAGUUUUCCCCAUUGACACAGAGAAUGGGGUCAAGAUUGAAUUGGGGGGAGAUUUCAGUCAGAUGGAUGGGACCAUUUUCAGCAUCAAGGCUCCUGGGCAAGAGCUGAUGGUCGCUUUAGUGGCCAAUAAUAAAACAAAGGAGGUCACACUCACUUUUGGUGAAGAAAAGACCAGCCUGAAAAACACUUUCAAGAGUCUGGUGAUAACCUUUCAGACAGAGUUACUACAAGUGUUUCAAGACGAACACAAGACCACUUCAUUAUUUGUCACUGCAAUGACAAACCCAGGUUUUUGGACAGCAUUGAGAGAGGGCCGUCUAGCCAUUGGAGGUCUCCUAGGUGAAGGUGAGGACAUCGUUGACUCCCAGUUCUUGACAGGCUGCCUGAAGAAAAUCAAGGUCCAAGGGAGGGAUUUGAAUCUGGAUUUAGCUGUCAAACACAUGUCAAUCUACUCUCACAGUUGCCCUGCAUAGAAAGUAUGCAAGUACAGUAUGUGGAAUAGAUGUUUGCAUUGGAUGCCUUUGGAUCCGAAUGACAUUAGAAAUACGGCGUUUGUAAAGUGCAAAUUAUCUACAACAUUAAUGUUGUUACAGAGCAUAACAACAUCCUGAUAACUGCUAAAGUUUCUAAUCAGGCUGUGAAUACUCAUUCUGUGGUGGAAUGUGAUAUUUGUAUCAAUUAAGCUCUAAAAUGUGGGGAAUGUACUAUUAAAUAUCUAUUAAAUAACUCUGUUUUUUUUAACAGAGGGAACAGAUUAAUCUGUGAGAUGUGAGUCAUUUUCUGACCUUGGUACCUGCAGCAGAAUGUUUCUGAAUAAAAUAUAAUUCUCUUUAGCAUGGCGCUCCUUCGAUGUGGAUUCUAUUGCUGCAUUUAAGACAAAUAAAGGUUAAUGGUGCUUUGAGGAGAUUCAGAUACUGUGAUUAAACACCAAUGAGAAAUGCUGGCCAGGGAAAGAUUUAAGACAUGGAUUUUGCCCCCUCUAGUGGAUCUUUAGAACCAAUGUUAGAUGCACCAUCCACAUAAUGUACGAUGCGAUCUGACCAAUAAAAAUAGCAUGUUGAUUAAUGUCAGAUCAAAGUUGCUGCUUAUCAUAUGAGAAAAAAAAUAUAUUUUUAAGGAGCAGGAAAGUCACAGUGUGAGAAAGUCUUACCUCCUUCUUUUCAAUAUGUAAGCUGAAAAAUAAAUAUUAUAAGCUUAAAUAUAUUGCAUGUAGCCCAUACAAGAAAGCAGAAAAAAGAAUGAACACUCAUUAAAUAGCUCAAUAUCACAAUCAUAUAAAAAAAUACAUGUGACUGUUUUUUUCUGAUAUUUUCAGGGUUUUACAUAUUAGUAAGAUUCUGGGGGAUGUUUUCGGAUAGUUUCUUGUGGAUGAGAAGUUCCUGAGGAUACUCUCGCUUGGUUUUUAAUGUAUUGAAAGUUAUGGUAGGCUGGAGAGAUAUUACCCUAAUUUUUUCACUUCCGUAUUGUCCAAAAUUUAAGCAGAAGCAUUUAUGGCAUCAUCUGAAUAAUAAAUUGCAAUUAUUCAUAGUUGUUAAACAAAACAAAAUGAGAAAUAAAUGUCGUGGAAUGACUUUAGGGAGCUGUUCCCACCAGACAUCCUGAGAAUAUGGCUGAACUGAAGCAGUUCUGUGGGAAGAAAGGUCCAUAUUCCUCCUGAAUGUUGUGCAGGUCUGAUCCACAGCUACAGAAAGGAUUUUGUUUGAGGCUAUUGCUGCCAAAGGAGGUUCGACCAGUUACCGGCUCUAUGAAUGUUUAAUGGG